UUCUCUGUUUCAGUUCCACCAUGGUGCAUCCCAUUGUGUUACUUGGACUUCUGAUGGUACCAUACUUUAGUGGUUCUCAAGCUGAAAAUGCCUUCUCACAAUAUUGGGAAGAGCAUAUUGGUCUUCCACACCCUCCACAUUGGUUAACUACAAAGGCUUCUCCAUUAAGCUCCCAUCAAACAACAAUGUUUAUGAAACUUAUGGAAGAAAAUGAAUUGAAUUCCCACUUGCAUUCAUUUUGUAAGCAAGCUAAUGUUGCUUGUUCUAAAAAUGCAUUUGUGAAGAAAACAAGGAAUGACACAACCUUACCACCAAUAGCUCAAUGGAAUGAUGCCAAAAUGAAAUAUGACCUUCCAAAUAAAGCAUCUAUAUCAGUUGCUAGCCAAGGGGGAUUGCCAUAUUUUCGGGAAUCAAUGGUGAAAGAGGGAGGUUUCAUGCAUGUCCCCGAUCUAAGGGACCCAAUGUCAUAUAAAUCAUUCUUGCCACGAUAUCUGGCGUCAAAAAUCCCAUUCUCCCUUGCCCAAAUUAAAGAAUUGAAGAAGUUUUUUGGUGUAGUUGAUGGAUCAAAUAUGGAUGAUUAUAUUCAAGACACCCUCGAGAUAUGUGAGAAAAGACCCAUUCUAGGUGAACAGUGCACCUGUGUGACUUCCGCCGAGGAUCUCAUCGAUUUCGUUGUUGAGAAAUUAGGGCACAAUGUAUGCGUAUGGAGUACUGAGAGCGUAGAAGGUUCUUAUGAGAAUGUCAGAAUUGGAGCUGUGAAACUCAUCUAUGGAAACCUCUCCAAGCCACCAGCCUUAUGUCAUAGUCAACCAUUUCCAUUUCAAGUCUAUUAUUGCCAUGUUUUACCGAAAGUAAAAAUAUAUGUAGUUGAGAUACAUGCUCGGAAGAAUGUGAACCAUGUGAUCAUGGCAUGCCACUAUGAUACAUCAACAUGGAAUCCAAACCAUCUUGCUUUUAAGUUAUUAGGUUUUGGUCCAGGCCUAAUUGAAGUUUGUCAUUGGAUAAAUGAGAAUGGACUAGUAGUAUGGACAAAGGCUCAACGUUAA